AUGUGCUUUGGCAGCCGCAAGGACGGCGACACCGGCGUCGCCCGGUCGAGAGAGAUCGAUAAGCAGAUUCGUCAAGAUGAGAAGCGGAUGACGAGGGAAGUCAAGCUUCUGCUGCUGGGCGCUGGAGAGUCAGGAAAAUCAACGAUUCUGAAGCAGAUGAAACUCAUCUACACACAAGGUUUCAGCAAGAGCGAGAAGCUUGAGUGGAAACCCGUCAUCUUCAACAACAUUGUGCAGUCCUUCAAGACUAUCCAUGAUGCGAUGAACGAGCUGAACAUUAGCUUUGAGAAGCCCGAGAGCGAGGUAAGAUUGCUUUCCCAACAACCCCCGAGCAACACAAACCGCGAGUUGUCAAAUCUUCAUGGGCCUUGUGCGCUUUGCCAUCCCGGGAAUACGGGUGUCAUGCAAGCCUUCGCCGUCAGAAAUGCGGCGCAAGAUGCGAACCGCGGGGUUGAAAAGAUUCAAUUCGGUGGUGACUGGGGAAAGAAACACAUGGCGCUGGUGCUAGUUGAGCGCGAAAUUGGUCUGGAGGAGCGAAUGCCUCUUGACUAUCUCGAGCCUGUCAAGGCUCUGUGGCAGGACGCUGGUGUCAAGGCUGCCAUCGCCAAGGGCAACGAAUACGCCUUACACGACAAUCUCUCAUACUUCAUUGAGGAUGUCGAUCGAUUGUGGGCAGUCGACUACGUGCCCAACGACCAAGAUCUCCUUCGCUCGCGACUACGAACAACAGGUAUCACAGAAACGAUAUUUGACCUGGGCCAAUUGACUUACCGGAUGUUUGAUGUUGGUGGCCAGAGAUCAGAGCGAAAGAAGUGGAUUCACUGUUUCGAGAACGUCAACUGCCUACUGUUCUUGGUUGCUAUCAGCGGCUAUGAUCAGUGUCUGGUGGAAGACAAGGACGGAAACCAAAUGAACGAGGCUCUCAUGCUGUGGGAGUCGAUUGUGAACUCGCACUGGUUCACCAAGUCGGCUCUGAUUCUUUUCCUAAACAAGAUGGACCUUUUCCGAGAGAAGCUUCCCCGAAGCCCGAUCGGCGAUUAUGGAUUUACUGACUACGCGGGCCCAGCAGCCGAUGCUGAUUCCGCGAGUAAGUACUUCUUGGACAAAUUCAGGGCGCUGAACCGCAACCCGGAGAAGGAGAUUUACGGACACUUCACCAACGCCACGGACACCAACCUGCUGAAGAUCACCAUGGGCUCGGUGCAGGAUAUGAUCAUCCAGCGCAAUCUGAAGCAGUUAAUCCUGUAA